CCAAGAGGAAGAAGCUCAGAAUGACAUCUUCGAGCUAGUCGGAUCAUGCUAACCAGAGAUGUCGGAGUCUCCAGACACCCACAGCCUGGUCUCUGCCUCUUCUCAGCUCAACCUAAUGGAGGUGGACGCGAUUGAUGAUAAGGAGUUUGACAUUCCCCAAGUGGACACACCUCCUACACUGGAAAGCAUCCUCAAUGAGCUAGAGGAUGAGGAGGAGCCGUUUAUGUUGGAGGACACCUGUGUCCUUAACACCGACAACAUCGAUGCGUACUCCUGUGACACCUCCUCUCUCGCCAGCUCGGAUAGUGGAGACCCAGCACACCUGAAACGAAAGAGGAGGGCGGUGGAUCUGAAUGCCACAGUCCAUGGGUCUGUCAUACGCCAAAGCCUGCUGAAGGGCAUCUCUGCACAGAUCGUCUCUGCUGCGGACAAGGUGGAUGCUGGACUACCAACUGCUAUAACAGUGUCAGGUGUGAUUGCUGUGGGAACGUCCCAUGGUCUGGCGUUGGUCUUUGACAACAACCAGGCUCUGCGGCUGUGUCUGGGUACCAAGACGACUGGAGCAGAGUUUGGAGCGGUUUCUGCUCUCAGCAUCAACCAUGACUGCUCACGACUUCUCUGUGGGUUUGCCAAAGGACAGAUUAUGAUGUGGGAUCUAGCCAAUGGAAAACUACUGAGAACUAUCCAUGAUGCCCACCCCCCAGGAACGGCUAUUCUUCAUGUGAAGUUCACAGAUGAUCCAACUCUUGCAGUUUGCAAUGACAGUGGAGGAUCAGUUUUUGAGCUGGUUUUCAGGAGGGUGAUGGGAAUGCGUUCCUGUGACUCUCGAUGUCUCUUCAGUGGUUCUAAAGGAGAGGUCUGCUGUAUUGAACCAUUGCGUACUCCCCCAGACUUCAGAGACCAUCCCAUUACACACUACUCUCUGUUGGCGAUGGCAUCUCUCACCAAGAUUUUGGUUAUCGGCCUCAAGCCUUCACUUAAAGUCUGGAUGACUUUCCCAUACAGCAAGUCUGAUCCAUCCAGUGUUCCUCAGCUGGCCUGGCAGUUUGUUUCUGCUCAGAAGACCGUCAACCCCAUACUGGCUUUCUGCAAAGGAGACACUGUCCACUUUCUCCAGGUUAAGAAGGAAGAGACGGGCACCAUCCAUGUCAUCAAACAGAGACAGCUCCACCUCACCUGUGACAUCAUCAGCUUGAGUUGGAUCAACAAUCGCACACUGGUCCUGGUGGACAGCCAAGAGAAGCUGCAGGUUGUUGACCGGCCCAGUCAGGAAGUUUUGGAGACUCUGGAUAUAGAGCAGGUGCAGCUGGUCUACAACAGCCGGCAUUUUAAGUCCCUGGCCACUGGAGGGAACGUCUCCCAGGCUUUGGCUUUAGUUGGAGAAAAGGCCUGCUACCAGUCUGUCUCAAGCUACGGAGGGCAGAUAUUCUAUUUGGGCACCAAGUCAGCUCACAUUAUGGCUCUGAGGAACUGGAGAGAGCGCAUCGACUGUCUGUUAAAGCAGGAGCAUUUCAUAGAGGCUCUCUCUCUGGCCUGGUCCUUUCACGAGGGAACGGCUAAGGCUGUCGUUGGCCUCUUUGGAGAUCCAGUGAAAAGGAAGGCAGUGGUCGCUGAUAAGAUGAUCGAGGUCUUUUUCCACUUUGCUGAAUUUGCUUUAAAAAAAUGUCCAGAACAAGGAAAGAUCCAAGUAAUGGAGGAACAUUUCCAGGAUGUGGUCCCAGUCCUGGUGGAUUACUGCCUUCUGCUCAAGAGAGCUGACCUGCUGUUUAACCAGCUGUAUGCUCAGCUGGCAGAGAACAUGGUAGCCAAAGGCGUCUUUCUGGAGUCUCUGGAGUCGUACAUCGUUGCAGACCGCCUUGGUCACCUCACCACCCCCAUAAUGAAGGACCUGCUGGCCCAUUACCAAAGCACUGGCAAAAUGGACAGCCUGGAGAGAUGCAUCGUCCACCUGGAUGUUACCAACCUGGAUAUCCAGCAGGUGGUUCAAGUUUGCUGGGAGAACCAGCUCCUUGAUGCAAUGAUCUACGUGUUCAACAGUGGCAUGAAUGACUUUAUCGCACCGAUGGAGAAACUGUUUGCAGUGAUUGGCCCACCACUGAGGUACGGAAGGAGCCUCACUGAUGAGGAAGUGGUGAUGGGGAACAAACUUCUGGUGUACAUAAGCUGCUGUCUUGCAGGGAGAGCAUACCCACGAGGAGACAUCCCUGAAGAUCUUGUGAUUCAAGUCAAGAACCAGGUUUUUGAGUUCCUUAUCCGUCUCCAUUCAGCCGACUCAUCCGAGGAGGAGAAGGUUUUCCCAUUUAUCCGUUCACUCCUCCACUUUGAUACGCGAGAGUUCCUUAAUGUCCUCGCCAUGACAUUUGAAGACUUUAAGAAUGACAAGCAGGCCCUAGAAUACCAGCAGAGGAUAGUGGACAUUCUACUUCAGGUGAUGGUGGACAACCCAGACUUCACUCCCUCCCAGGUGGGAGGGCUUUUUACCUUUUUGGCUCGCCAGCUGGCCAAGCCUGACAACACCCUUUUUGUGAACAGGAACCUCUUUGAUCAGGUUCUAGACUUCCUGUGUUGCCCAGAAGAUGAUUCCCGACAUACUGAGAGGCAGCAGGUUCUGUUGGAGUUGCUGCAGGUUGGGGGUGUUGUCCAGUAUAAUGAGCAGAGACUGCUGGUUUUAGCAGAGAAGGCCAAGUUCUACCAAAUCUGUGAAUUUCUCUAUGAGAAGAACAACCUGUAUGACAAAAUCAUUGACUGCUACCUGAGAGACCCCCUGAGAAAGGGGGAGAUCUUUAGCUACAUCAGGAAUCUGCUGUGUGGACCAGACUACAGCCCUGAGGAGAAACAAACCGUCAAGGACAAAGUGUUGCAGCACACACAGGAGUUAAUAGCCAUUGAUGCCAGCAGCUCGGCUGAACUUGUGUUGUUCCAUUUCUCUGAAGAUGUGCAGCAAAUUGUCUCUGGGCUUCAGGAUGACCAUUUUCUCAUGAAGUUCCUCAGCUGUCUCCUGGAGCCGAGGGAAGGCCAGUUUUCAGAGAUCAUCCCGCCAGUGGAUCCUGAGCUUCACGAGCUUCUGCUAGACUUGUUCUGCCGCAUUUCCCCUCAGCAGAUCCUGACCUUCCUUCACACUUCCCAGCACUACAGACUGGAGGAGGCCAUACAAAUAACAGAAAGGCACCACGAGAAUGAGGCUUUAGCUUUUCUGCUGGAGAGGAAGGGAGAUUAUCAAGGAGCUUUCACAGUGUUGUUGGAGACCCUGAAGGAGAAGCUGAGUCUGCUCACUACUAAGACUGACCGAGGAGGAGAAGAUGAAAAUGCGGCUGAAGAGGAGGGAGCCGGUAAAUCUGCGCUGAUAAAAGUAAAGGAUUCUCUGAACAACAUCAUUGACCUGUGUCACCACAGCUCUGAGAACCUCUACCAACAACAGAGAGAGGUUCUGUGGUUCCCACUUCUGGAGACGAUGAUGUUUUCUCAGAAAGAAGUGAAGGGGCUGGGCUAUGUACACACAUUUGAAGUGCUGAGGGAGCUGACGAUGAAGGUUCUUAACUGUAUGAGCAGUUUCAUUUCCCUUCCUGCCAUCAUCCAACGAAUACUCCAGGACCCUGUAUAUGGGACAGGAAAACUGGCUGAAAUCCAGGGUCUCAUUCUGAGUAUGAUGGACACUUUCAACUACGAACAGACUCUACUUGAAACAACCACCAGUCUGUUGAACCAAGACCUCCAUUGGUCCCUGGCUCACCUGCAUGCUUCAGUCACAAAAGGACUCCACCCUCGACAGGAUUACUGCUACAUCUGCCUUCAGCAAUAUAAGAGAAGACAUGACUCAGCAGAGAAGAUCAUUAUAUUCAGCUGUGGUCACCUGUACCACUUCCAGUGCCUUCAGCAGAAAAACUUUGAUGGGGGUUUAGUGGCUGAGCUGCAAAAUAGAUGGAGCUGCUACAAAUGUACCUCCAGCCAAGGAGGAAGGAGUGGGCCUGCAAUUGAACCUAAACGACUUCGCAGUACAUCGCUGGCACAGACUUGUAUUACAUCGGCCUAUCAGGGUGCAGAAGCAGCGGCUCACAGGAAAAAGGUGUUUGUUGACACAGUGUUGAACCUUCAGCAGGAACAGUCCUGGGAUCGGUUACGCUGCUUAUACAGAGGACCAUCAAGGUUGUCCAUCCUUUCAGAACUCUCCUACUGCCGAAGCAAUGAGAAGACGGGGCUCCUGACCCCAGGCCAACUGGGAACUGAAAAUUUCCAACUGAAGCUCUCUCCUCCACCUCUGUUGGAAGAGUAAAAUUUAAGGGUCCUUUUGGGUGGUUUUACACUUGGAACCUGGGCCCAGAUCCCACUAGUCUGGUUCCUUUGAUCAGUUUGAACACAGAGGUACCUACUUGGGUCUUGGGCACAAGUCAUGUGAAUUUGGACACCUACGGAAGAAAUGUCACUGCAACCAUGCCCAGGUACAGGGAACUCAUCAGGCAUGUAAACAUCUCCUGUCAACUUCAAAAACCAUUGCUCAUGUGCAGCACAGGCCGAUCCCAUCCUCUGAGCUGUGCACUAGAUGUGGAAGCAGGAAGAGGGUCGCUCUUAGGAUCUAAAAAACAGAAACACCCAUCGUUACCUGCAGGGCGGAUUCUUGGUGGAUUUGCAAACCAACUAUGUGCAUAGCGCCACCUGCUGUACUGGACUGUGUACAUAUAAAUGUGUGCUCGGGGACAGAAAUUCAUUUCAAAUGUGACAGCUGUCCAGUGGGGAGGGGGCAGCAUUUACUCUCAGGCAUGAAACAAAACAAUCAUGCCUGAUGUUAUAACGCUAUAAAAUGUGUGCAGAAUGAAACUGCAUGUCUUAAACCUUUACACUCGGUAUCUUUGGAACAGCAAUGAUAACACUGAGUAAAACUAGUGGCAUUCACUUUAGCUUGAUUUGCAUUGUAUGUAUAUGACAUCAUGGUAACUGAACCACUUUGCUUGUAACUUCCAGUUGAUGUUUGUGUGAAAAAAGGUCAGUUUCUUCUGGACAUUAAUUAUAAUAAAUGGAAAAAGUCAAAGCUUAAUGAUGAAUUAUUUACCAAAUUAAUAAAUCAACCUGCAGUCCUAGGAAUGUCAAACUGACAGGUUACUUUUCUUGACUGAAUUUAACAUUUUGUUCUUUUUCUUUAUUUGGGAUCCAACACUGCAGACAAGAGAGAAUUUAUUUUAAUCCUUUUUUCAGUUCUUUAUUUUGUUUUAUAAUUACUUUAAAAUAUCCUUCAGAGGAAAUGUUAUAUUCUUAGAUGCUUCACCUUGUGAUAAUAUCACAACAAACAAUAAAAAAGAAUGCAAUCUAAGGUCACAGUAUGGAAAAUGUCACAUCUGAUGUACUCUUGGUAGUCCUUAAGUGUACUAUGAUUUAUACUGAUAAGAAUGUGUGUGUGUAUAAAAACUGCCUCAUGAUUCCUGUACUAUCCUAUUCUGAAAGUUUGGGAAAAAAAGCUUUUGUGAUGUUUAUGUUUAUUGCUAUUUACAGCAAGAUUAUAAAUCUGGAAGCACGUCUCAACUACUCCCUUUCAGUCUAUUUUUCCCAGUCUUCUGUCCGUGCCUUUUUAAUAAACAGUCAUUUUCUAAGUGAGUUGUUUAUCUUUU